AGUUGCAAUUCUUAGAACUUCUGCUUAGUCGUAUAUUUGCGCUGGGCUUAUCAAAACAAUUUUUCUCAACAAAAAGUCUCUUCGUCGCGUUGAUAUGACGACACUGAGUGCAUAGCUCACUUGUGAACGUGUUGUGCUUGGUGUAGUUGGUGAGAAAAGGCAUAAAAAGAACGAUCUUGGCAGUGAAAAACCGCAUUAUUUACCUUUUGAACCUCCGAUGGCGUCAUCACGGUAUACUCACGCAGUUGUUUGUCGAAUCCCACUGAGUCUGAGGACGCGCGGGGAAAUCGAUUUGGAGGAAGCCAAGAGGCAGCAUGAGGCCUAUGUGAACCUCCUACGGGAGCAGGGAUUGGAUGUAAUUGAAUUGCCACCGGAUGAGAAUCUCCCUGAGUGCGCUUUUGUUGAGGAUACCGCAAUCAUUUGCAAUGGAAUUGCAUUGAUUACCAAGCCAGGAGAUCCGAGGAGAGUACAAGAAGUCGAAAGUAUUAGAGCAGUCAUAAAGAAGGAGUUGGAUUUGCCAAUAGUUGAGAUCUCAGAUGAAAAUGCAAAACUUGAUGGUGGUGAUGUUCUUUUUACCGGAAAGGAGUUUUUUGUCGGCUUGUCCCAGUGGACAAAUGAAGCGGGAGCUAAGGCUGUUGCAGCCGCUUUUCCUGAAUAUCCAUGUGUUCCCAUAAAGGUGACUGAACAUCACCAUUUGAAGUAUUAUAUAUCAAUGGGUGCUCCCGAUUUGUUGGUUGUUUGCAAUACAAAAGAAUCUCAGGAGAUUCUAAAGAGAAUUGAACGUGAAGCAAGUUAUACCUAUCAAACAUUGACACUGUCUGAGGAAAAAGCUGCCAAUGUUCUCUAUAUCAAUGGAACACUUAUUCACAGAUCAAUUGAAGAAAUUCCCGUAUCACAUCAGAUUCUCACUGAUAAAAUCGACAUUCCUCGACAAGUUUUGAACAUUUCAGAGUUAGGGAAAUUCUCAACAGGUCUCACCUCUUGUUGCCUCCUCGUCAGACGAACAAAAUAUAUUCGCAAUCUUUAAACGGCUAAGGAAUUCAUGUGAAAAUCUAAUGCAGAAAGAUACGCAUUCCGUUGCGCAAUUUAUUGAAUGGAUAACAAUUGUCCACUGCCCUUUUUUCAACAAAUACAUUGUUCAUUUUAUAUCAAAUCAAAUUGGAUACUAAAUGGUAACUAAUAUUUUAAAUGUGUGCUAAAAACAAGUGAAUUUCCUUGCUUAAUUUUCACUAAAAAAAAUGAUAAAUAGAAUAUCUAAAAAAAAUAGUUGAGGAAAUUUAAAACUGAAUAAUAAAUCGUACAAAUUUUUAGCGGAAACAUUCUAGCAAGUUUCUUGUUCAAAAUUGUUUUUUCCAUGUUGAUGAAUAUUAAAAAAAACACUAAAAAAUUCAAUAUAUAUUAAAUGAAAGAAAAAAUAAAAAAUUAUUACAUAGAAGAUGAUAUACAUGCAUUCAAAUUCCACUUCCAGUCAUUCUAAUCUCAAGAUUAUAAUUUUAGAGAGAAAAAAAGAAAUAUUGCAUAUUUAUAUAUUUUUGUGAGAAAUGUUAUAUUUAUAAUCCAUUUUUUUAAUUUAUUUUUUUUUUGACCAACCUUUUUCUUUUGCGUAAGAAAGUCUGUCUCUCUGUCAAUUUUGUGAGCAUUUUUUUGUGAAACUGUUUGAAAUGCAGAUAUUAAAAGCAAUUCCAGUGAGA